AUGUUCAAAAUGAUCAAAAAUGUGUCCAAAAAUAUACAGGACCAGCACCUGCAGGAGGACCAGGACCAGCACCUGCAGGAGGACCAGGACCUGCAGGAGGACCAGCACCUGCAGGAGGACCAGGACCAGCACCUGCAGGAGGACCAGGACCUGCAGGAGGACCAGCACCUGCAGGAGGACCAGGACCAGCACCUGCAGGAGGACCAGGACCAGCACCUGCAGGAGGACCAGGACCAGCACCUGCAGGAGGACCAGGACCUGCAGGAGGACCAGCACCUGCAGGAGGACCAGGACCUGCAGGAGGACCAGCACCUGCAGGAGGACCAGGACCAGCACCUGCAGGAGGACCAGGACCAGCACCUGCAGGAGGACCAGGACCAGCACCUGCAGGAGGACCAGGACCUGCAGGAGGACCAGCACCUGCAGGAGGACCAGGACCAGGACCUGCAGGAGGACCAGGACCUGCAGGAGGACCAGGACCUGCAGGAGGACCAGGACCAGCACCUGCAGGAGGACCAGGACCUGCAGGAGGACCAGCACCUGCAGGAGGACCAGGACCAGGACCUGCAGGAGGACCAGGACCUGCAGGAGGACCAGCACCUGCAGGAGGACCAGGACCUGCAGGAGGACCAGGACCACCUCCUGAAUUGA